UUUUUUGCAGCAACUUUGUCUUUAAAACAUAAAGUUUUACAACAUAUAAUAGUGUACAAAGAAAACAUUGCUAUUUAUGUGAAUUUAUUUCUCAAAAACGUACUAAAUCUUUUUGAAAUGGGGCUGUCUAGACCUAAAUUAACUAACUAAAAUUGUAAUUUUUCGAAGGGGUGAACAAAGGAGAGAAUACUAUCCAAUUUUUCAAAAUUUGUAAUCGAGUUCGUAUUGUAAUGUGUAUUGUUGGUGGCAUUUUACAGGCGUAGGCCUCGUAAAUAAUGUGAAACACCGUGUAUAAGAGUAGUUUAGAACUUUCACACCUGUUUUUUUUUUGUUUUUGUGGGCUUUUGAAAGAAUUCUUAUUGGCUUUCUUCGGUAGAUUUGACUGCGUUUUGGCUCAAAACCGUGUUAGAUGCUUUGAAAUUUCUAAAAUAAAGUCGAAGAGCGUUUCUCGCACGCACUCGUCACCUAAUUCCUUAAAUCGAUUCGGUGCCAAGCCGUGAUUUAUCCAACGAUCAAUAUUUCCAUCACUCGGCUACAGAAAUGUCAGUCUUAAAAACGGUUUGAAAUAUGGCAGGUGUCUUUUACGGUUCGGCAACUUCAAGUAGUGCUUCCGAUGGUGGUACAACUGACAUUUCUGAAUCUUUUUCGGACAAUGGCACUAAUCAAAGAAACAUCACUCUUAAAUUCCUCUACGGCGAUAACAAAGUUUUCACGCAAUCCUACCACGAGGACACGGCAAUCGGCGACUUGAAAACGCUCCUAACCGAAGUUUUCAAUACUCCAACCAACAACCUUAAACUCCUACUUGGCGAAAAAGAGCUAAACGAUGACUCAAUUUUGAACGAACUGGGGGCCGAACCUUUCGGAGUCCUCGAACUGAGACUACUUUCGACAAAUUCUGACGAUAAAUUAAGCAUUGACGAAGCGUUCCGUGACUACACAAUCCCCGAUGUGAUAACAGUCCGCGUCCAGACAUCGGACGAAGGCAUCAAAGACGUGGUUGUCGAAGUGGAAAAUCGUGCUAUAAUCAAACCGUUUUUGGGCGGCUAUGUCGACACGCACUCGGGCCUGGAGUACCAUCAUGGGUACACCCAGACGGGCCCACCCAAGCCCAAAAUCCCGCCCGAAAUGAAAAACCACAGAGACACCCAGACCUAUUUCAUGCGGAACCGGAAACUGGACAUGCCGUACGGACACGCCACGCAAAUGGCCGCCGAAAACUUGUGGAUUCCGGCGGUGGGCGACCGGAUUUUGACUCCGGGCCCGUACGAAACGGCCGACGAGAGGGAGAAGCGGCUGGACGUUGAGGGGAAAGUCCGGGUGAUCCAGCGCUAUUUCCGGGCGUGGUUGACUAGGAAAAGAUUGAAGGAGUACAGUGAGGAGUAUCAUAAAAGGAUUAGGUUGAUGUUGGAACGCGAAGAGUUGGAGCGCAGGGAGGAUUUGGAGCGGAAGAAACGUGAUUUGAUCAGUCGGGUGUUUCCCCGGACCGCGGCCGAUUUCUCCAUGCUGUACGCGAUGACGGAACGGUGGAAAAAAGCCGAGAUUAAGAGGAUCAUAGAAAUGCAUUGCGGGCCGGCACGGAUCGCCGAAUUCUACCUCCUGUUGGAGAAGGAAAUUCAAAUUUUGCGCUGCAUCGACGAGUUGAGACUCAAGUUGAAGAACGAUCGCAAAAUUCAGAAGGAAAUUGAUUUUUUUAAAACAAUAGGCGACCCCUGGACUUUCAAAUCCACUUACAAAAACAUUCCAGUGGUUGUGGACACGCUUGAGACGCAAAAAGGGCGCACAUUUCGCGAGUUGUACGAAGCGAUUUGUGACCCAACUCUGGACGGGUCAAACCGGAUGCUGGUUUUUCUGGAACUGAGACGGGGCUUGGAGAGCCACAAUUGCGUAAUCUCCAAUGAAUUGGUCGAUUUAAUCGAUCGUGCGUGCGAAUUGUUGGCACGAGGAUUCGAGAGUCGACAUAUCGAGACUUUGCAGAAAAGAAUCGAAGCUUUGUUACUGCACCAUUUCCAGCAAAGCGAGUGUAACGAAGGUGUCACUAAUCGCUACAACCGCCUGACCGAGAAGGCAAUGAAAGAGAAUCUGUUCUAUUGUCACAGUUGUAAAAAACUCAAGCCUAUUGAGUGUUACAACGUUGGGGUGAAGACAAACGCGGCGAAAAUCUGUGCCACUUGUCGAUUCAUCGAUCGCUCGAAAGAGCCAUGGAUUGAUAUUUCCCCCUAUCGAUUUAUUUUGCGACAAAUCCGCAAAAACGAACGUCUUUUGCACGCUUUAUCCUCGAUCGCGUUUAUUAUCCAAGACAAGGAUAUUUACUAUCUUGUGACGCAUAUCUGGCACGGCCAUUCGGCCCUAUCAGAGUGUGAUAACAUCUACCAGCUGCGGCUGUGUCGCUGGGACAAAACCAAAGACUGGUCGCCCUGGAACUGCAUCCUCCUAACAGCGGAAGAAGCCAAAGCGCAUUUGAAAAUCGACAAACUCGAAGACGUCUACGACGAGCAUUUCCUAAGCAAUGUUUUCAACAAACACGCUCUGACUAAAAAAUACUUCGCCCAGAGUUUCGAUAUAGACAAGUGCGUGCGUGAAACAUACGUCGACGAUGACUAUGUCAACCAAUACUUAGAAGAGAAGAAACUCUGUCCCUAAUAAAACCCUAAAAUUA